CCGGUACUUCCGGUGAGCCUCCCCGCGGUCGGAGCCGAGGAGGCGGCGGCGGCUGUGAGGAGAGCGGUCGGCGGGCUGCCAUCGUUACGUUCCCUGGGCGAAGCGGCGGCAGCGAGGCAGAGGUGUCCAUCAUGUUUUCUUUCAACAUGUUUGACCACCCGAUUCCCCGGGUCUUCCAGAACCGCUUCUCCACACAGUACCGCUGCUUCUCCGUGUCCAUGCUUGCGGGGCCUAAUGACAGGUCAGAUGUGGAGAAAGGAGGGAAGAUAAUUAUGCCGCCUUCAGCCUUAGAUCAACUCAGCCGACUCAACAUUACCUACCCCAUGCUGUUCAAACUGACCAACAAGAACUCGGACCGCAUGACGCACUGCGGUGUGUUGGAGUUUGUGGCUGACGAGGGCAUCUGCUACCUCCCACACUGGAUGAUGCAGAAUUUGCUGUUGGAAGAAGGGGGCCUGGUUCAGGUGGAGAGUGUCAACCUUCAAGUGGCCACGUACUCCAAAUUCCAGCCUCAGAGCCCUGACUUCCUGGACAUCACCAACCCCAAAGCAGUAUUAGAAAAUGCAUUGAGAAACUUUGCCUGUCUGACCACCGGGGAUGUGAUUGCCAUUAACUACAAUGAGAAGAUCUAUGAACUUCGGGUAAUGGAGACCAAGCCUGACAAGGCCGUGUCCAUCAUCGAGUGUGACAUGAAUGUGGACUUUGAUGCUCCCUUGGGCUACAAAGAGCCUGAAAGACAAGUCCAGCACGAGGAGUCAACUGAAGGCGAAGCUGACCACAGCGGCUAUGCUGGAGAGCUGGGCUUCCGUGCCUUCUCCGGCUCCGGGAAUAGACUGGAUGGGAAGAAGAAAGGUGUAGAGCCCAGUCCCUCCCCAAUCAAGCCCGGAGACAUUAAAAGAGGCAUUCCCAAUUAUGAAUUUAAACUUGGUAAGAUCACUUUCAUCAGAAAUUCACGUCCACUGGUCAAAAAGGUUGAGGAGGAUGAAGCUGGAGGCAGAUUCAUCGCUUUCUCUGGAGAAGGACAGUCGUUGCGUAAAAAGGGAAGAAAGCCAUAAGUUGGGACUGUUGGCUGAUUGGAAAAUAAAAUAAUCAAUUGCAACAUAAUGGCUUUUAGUUACUGGCUGUGACGGAGAUGAGACUAUCACAGAGGAUGCUGUGUCACUUUAGGUUUAUUUAGAGUUCCUGAGAAUUACUGAGUUUGACCUGGAUGUGGAACAGCAGGACUUCACAGUUGUGUGCUUGAAUUGGGAAAAGAGAAAGCUGUCUCUGAGGUUUCUUCUUUGCCAUCUCUCACUUUCAGCCCUGGGUGCGCUCCCACUGCCUCAACGGACGCAGAGUUCCCUAAUUCCUGAUAAAAACUGGUAGAGGGGAUUAAAUUGCUCUAACCUGUGGUGUUCUCUCUUUUUUCAUUUA